UGCAAAGCAAAAAUGUCUGCCUAAGGGAAACUCGUAACUGAUAUAUAUACAUAUAGAGGAUAUUUCCAACACAUAUUACUGCUUAAACCUGCCUUUUUGCUCCGUGGAGGCGUCUUGUCGGAAAGUGACUCUUCACCAGAUCACCCUAGUCGGGAUUUGAGCCAGAAAACAGUUUUCAAGAUCGCCAGGAUGAACCCCCAGCAGCGGAUUGCCGCUCUCGGAACAGACAAGGAAUUAAGUGACCUGCUGGAUUUUAGUGCGAUGUUCUCUCCACCUGUAGGUGGGGGAAAAAAUAGGCCGACCACUCUUGGAAGCAGUCAGUUCAGCGCUUCAGGUAUGGAUGAGCGAACCAACCAAGCGUCUUGGACCCCAGGUGGCGAGUCCAGCCCUUCCUAUGAAUCGUCCCGGGGUUUCGCAGACAGCCCUCAUUACAGCGAUCAUUUGAGUGACAGUCGAUUAGUGUCCCAUGAAGGAUUGUCCCCAACACCUUUUAUGAACUCAAACAUAAUGGGUAAAUCGGAAAGGUCUUCGUUUCUUGGCUUUGGGAGAGGUCCUGGAGCAACUGGUUGUCAGUCCUCUGUAAGGCCAGACAUCGGGGUGGCGAGUCCCAGCUCAGGGACCACAUCAGGGAAGUCCGCUGCUCCGCUCUACUCCUUUACUGGGGCCAAUCCCAGAAAACGUCCUCUACAAAAUCCUCCCCCAGUCGAUCCUCCACAAACGAAAAAGGUUCGCAAGGUCCCUCCUGGGCUGCCUUCAUCUGUGUAUGCACCGUCUCCAAACUCAGAGGACUUCAACAGAGAUUCCCCUUCCUACUCUUCUCCUAAACCGUCCAGCAGUAUGUUUGCAAGCACUUUCUUUGAUGGUACCCACAGUUCGUCCGACCCAUGGAAUUCAUCAAGUGGGAUCAGUCAGCCUGGCUACGGGGGAAUGCUCCCAGGGUCUUCAUCUCACAUGGCACAGUCAGGGAACUACAGCACCCUGCAUGCACACGACCGAUUGAAUUACCCAGCACACUCAGCCUCUCCUGACAUCAACGCCAGUCUUCCUCCCAUGUCCAGCUUCCACCGGAGCAACACCAGCACUUCACCAUUCGUUACUGCGGCACACACCCCAUCUGUCAACUCAGCUGAUGGGGUUAUGGCUGCUGCAAAUCGGGGAACAGCUACUGGAAGUUCCCAGACUGGAGAUGCACUGGGCAAGGCUUUAGCUUCGAUUUACUCUCCCGACCACACUAGCAGCAGUUUUCCAUCAAAUCCGUCAACACCUGUGGGUUCUCCUUCACCUCUGACAGCCGCAGCAGGUGCUGCCUCAGCAGGUGCCGUGGUGACUGCUGCUGGCACCCCGUCUGGAAGGCCAGGAACCAACCAGUGGCCCCGCUCAGGCGGACAGACUCCCUCUUCUCCAAAUUAUGAAAACUCCCUUCACUCACUGAAAAACAGAGUUCAUCAGCAGUUACAUGAGCAUCUCCAGGAUGCCAUGUCUUUCUUAAAGGAUGUUUGCGAGUCUCGAAUGGAGGAUCGUCUGGACAGACUGGAUGAUGCAAUCCUUGUUCUGAGGAACCAUGCAGUUGGAUCUACCGCCAGUCUGCCCAGCGACAUACACAGUCUGCUGGGACAGGCACAAAAUGGUCCAAUAACAGGACCAAACUUUCCUGCCUCAGCACUGGUUUCAAGUCGGACUGCAGCAAUGCAGGGUGGUGACGACGCUGCCAGCCUGAACAACAGCCAUGGUCUUCCCAGCGCUGGCUCGACAUCCAGCACAGAACUAAACCACCAAGUGGAGGCGUUCAGAGGUUUUAUUUCAGGGCUGUCGGGUCAGGUCCCCUCCACCUUGGAGCUGAAGGUUGAGAAACAGGAAAAGGAUGACAUGCAUGACAGCCUCUCCAUCGAUGCCAGGUCAGAUGACGAGAGUCACACACCCAGACCAGGCCGAGGCACAAGCAUUACUGAAGAUGAAGAUCUGAAUCCAGAGCAGAAAGCUGAACGCGAGCGUGAGAGGAGAAUGGCUAACAAUGCCCGUGAACGCCUGAGGGUGCGCGACAUAAAUGAGGCCUUCAAAGAGCUGGGUCGCAUGUGCCAGCUGCACCUGAAGAGCGAGAAGCCCCAGACUAAACUGCUCAUCCUGCAUCAGGCUGUGGCUGUGAUUCUGAGCUUAGAGCAGCAAGUCAGAGAGCGGAAUUUGAACCCCAAAGCAGCCUGCCUUAAGAGACGGGAGGAGGAAAAACGGUCUGGGAGCUCCAGUGACGCCCAACAAGCUCACACAGGAGUCCACCCAGGCCUGACCGACACAUCCAACCCCAUGGGCCACCUCUGAGCAGAACAAAGAUCAGAGUAAUGCAGGUGAUUUCUGUCCCGUUUGAGAGGGUGACCUUGCUUCCCAGUGACAGACAGGACUCACAGUUUGUGACACCAGUUUGGAGAAGACAGACCACUUGAAGCAAACCUAGUUCAACACAAUCCAAUCCUAAAAUUGAAGACAGGUCUCAGGGGGUGUCCAGCGCCCUGAGACCAGUUUCCAUCUGCAAAUUUCUCCCCACAAGAAAAAAAAAAACAAAGAAAAGAAAAACCUCAGCACAUAUCACUGUCUGCAAGAAGUGUGUUGCUUCUGAACAAUCAGAGACUUCGCAAUCUCCUCCAGCCGUAUGUGGAAAUUGCUUUGUGCCUAAACUGAAUUGACGAAUGCAUUGUAACAGCAAUUGUUUCUGUUUGUCUAUUUUUUUUCCUAUUUAUUAUGUUAUUGAACUAUAAAGUGUAUGUCUAAAGGGAAGGUUAGGUAAACUCAAAGAGAAGCAUUCAGCUUUUCAGUUGAUAUACAGUUUGCCAGUGUCACCAUUAAACUGAGCACUCCACCCAACCCUAGUAAGUCUUUGGCAAGUCCGAGAUGAAGGGAUGAAGGGAAAAGAUUUGGGCUCCGAGAGGACUGAGAUUAAUUUAGUUUAGAGUGAUAUUUAUAUCUAACAGAAAAUCAUCGAUAGCUGAUAGAACUAAUAAGACUGAUACAUCCCUUUUUUUUUUUUUUUUAAAGAGGUUAUAUUAUUUAUAUUUAUACAUACUUCAUUCUACCAAUUACCCCCAAUUACAGCAAAAACUACCUAAUGUUUGUUUCCAUGAGUUUCUAUGUGAGUGAGUGUAGCAAAUAAAAAAAAGAUAAUAUAAGGAAAGAAAGAAGCCCAAUUCCAUUAGCUUCAAGAAUAAUUUUAAAACAGGUGACACAAGAAUGGCAAACUGUAAUUUUACUGAAAGCCCAGAUUUAGUUGUGCUUUUUCUUUUUUCCUCAGUAGUGACAGUAAAAACACAAAGAGCAAGCUAUUUGCGGACCUUAGCAUUCCCUGCAUAUUUGUAGUGUCUUAACUAAAGGAAGAGGGGACGUCACUGCCCUGUCGUUCCUUUGCCAUAUAGUGUUAAUCUCCUGACGGUUACAUCUUCCUGAUGUCAUUACAGGGGUGGCUUUUGUGGGUUUUUUAUGUUUGUUUUGUUUGCCACCAGCUAAUCCGAGAUUGCUUAACGAAGAUGUAGUUAAAAAUAUUAACAUAAAAAAAAAAAAAAACAUAAAACGACGACCACAGUUUCUUCUGGCCUGAUGAACAUAUCAGUUUUCCUACUUUUAAUGUUUCGAUCGCAGUUAUUCAGAGAAAUGUUCAGUUAUUCAUGUUUGUAUUGUAACACAUCCUUUCUUUUUGACUUCCAGCAUUAUAAUGUUCAUUUUCUGUCAGUAGAGAGAACAUGUUAAUUUUUCAGCGACUGAUUUGAUCAGAGCCAUGAUGCACUUGAUUCACUCGACCAGGCUAGACAUUUCUUGGAUUUUAUUGAAUAUCAUUGAACUGUAAUGCAAUAAUGAACAAAAAGCAGUUAACAGGAUUCAUUUACAUUUCAAAAUGUUGUUCAUGUUUAUAUUUUGUUUUCCCUAUCAGUGUGCAUGCUUUUGUCUGUCCUUUUUAUAAAAAAAAUCUUUGGUCUUAAGACUUGCUUUGUAUUCCAUAUAUUUCUUUGUAUAUUGUGUUCUUUCAUUACUCACACCUUAAGGCUGACACGUUCAAUAUGAGUAUUCUGUACAAUAAAGGGACUUCAAUUAUAGUAUAGGAUGCCACAACAAGAGUUAACAUUCAAUAUGAUUGAAGUAACGACUUUAUUUUCAUGAGGGAAAAGGAAAAAACAACAACAUCCAGGUUCUGUGUAUUCUGACUGAAUGCCUUGUUCUUCAUUUCAGUAUUUCAUGAUCUUGUAUUCAUGUUGACAGACUUCAUUUGAGGGUAUAAUGUCACUUUCAGCUCUGUUCCUUUCAUUUGUUGUUUUUCUUGCUCUUACUUCUUUCUUUCUCUCUAUUUUUUUUUCUUUUUUAUGCUUCUCUGUUUGCCAAGUUAGACUUUGCUGUAUUCCCAGAUGCUCUCCCUUGUAUAAUAUAUGACGAAAGAAAUCAAAUGGAAAAAGAAAAAAAAAAACAUUUGGCUUAUUUUUCACUGUAGUUAGUCUUUUAUACAAUAAUACUGUAAGAAUAUUUCUUGAAUUCUAAAUAUUACUCUUUCUAGAUUUUUGAAAGCAAAAGUUUUGAGUAAAAAGUUUCUUACUUUAUUUUACUAUAUUAGAUAGUAAAAUGUACGGUUAUUUACCAUAACAUGUCCAUUAUUACAAGAACUUUACAAACUGCAUCUCCAAGACGCAGCUGAUCUUUUGCUUGUAGUCUAGUUCUUCAAAAGGCUUCGCUCGAGCUCCAGAUUACUAAAACGGUGGCUUCCGUUGUGCGCUUCACUCUCCAUUAAUGAUUGAUCAAAGAUUUGUUCUUGUGUCAAAUACAAAGUGUUGUUGAUGCGCAUAAAAAAAACUAAACAAAAUAAGACAAAAAAAAUUCAGCAGCAAGAAUUUGAAUUUUCUGUCUUUUUCAGCAGAAAAACAAAAUGUAUAUAACAUUUAUGUUGCAAUAAAUGUGCCAUCCUUUUUUAAACUCAAUUGUAUGUGCAUUUAUUUCUCUCUCUGGACAAACAUCUUUCUUUUUACUUUCCAUACUUGCAUUUUUUGCCACUACAUCAAAUUUUGUUUUUGUGAAAACACAAAGGAACGAUGAAGUAGGAUGAGCUCUGAGAUUUAUUUACUCUUUGUUAUUGUUUUUGGAGACAUUUCUACAGUGGAUUUAGGCCAAAUAAUUGUUUUAUAGUAUGUAACUUUUUUCCCCAAAAAAUAAUACCAGUGGACCAUUGUAGUAUGUAUGAAAAUUACUAUGAAUAUAUGUUUCUAUUUUUAAUAAAGUGUGA